CGUGUGGCGUCACGUGGUCCGCCCGCGAUCCAAUCGGCGGCGGCCGGCGCGCGCGCUAAGAUGGCGGACGAUAAGGACUCGCUGCCCAAGCUGAAGGACCUCGCCUUCCUGAAGGACCAGCUUGAGAGCCUACAGCGCAGGGUAGAGGACGAGGUGCACGCCGGCGUGGGGCAGGAUGGCUCUCUGCUGGCCUCCCCCUUCCUCAAAGGCUUCCUCGCAGGCUACGUGAUUGCCAAGCUCCGCUUCUCAGCCGUGCUGGGCUUCGUGGCCGGCACCUGCACCGGCAUCUACGCUGCGCAGAACUACGCCGUGCCCAACGUGGAGAGGACAGUCCGGGACUAUAUCAACUCCCUGAAGAAAGGUCGGGACUAGCCGGGAGCCCCGUGCCGCACGGACUGUAGGGCUGCUGCUGCUCCUUAGCUAGCAGGCACUGAAGGCUCCCAGGGUGCUGAGAGGCACCGCCGCUGCUCUCCUCCGCUGGAAAGGGCUUCAC